UAGUGCUGUCUAAAGCGAGCUUCCUUUGACCUGGGUAAUUGCAUUAGGAAAGAAAGGAGAAAAAGGGUGAAACCGAAAUGUUUGUAUAGAAUUCAGGUCCUUCGUCAGCUGAGCUUUAGCUUAUUUUCUGGUUCUUACACACAGUGUUUAAAUGGGUGCAUAUUACUGUGCCAUAUGUAGACAAACAACAUUUACUGGGAAGGGACAUAUCUUCGGAAAAAGUCACCAGAGCAGACUUAGAGUGGUUCUUCUCAAAUUCUUAGAAAAGGUGAAGGAAGCUCGACGAACGCUUAAAAAACCCCAAGUAGAAAAGUUUGAUUGCACCCAGCACAAACAGACAUUCUGGUGUUACUGCUGUAGCCUAGAAGUUGACAGAAAUGUUACAGACGACAACAUGACUGUGCUGUUUGGAGGCUUGUUGGAACACAUGGCCACCCCAGAACACAGGAAGAAUACUCACAAAUUCUGGUGGGACAAUAAGGCUGACCCCAAGUUGAGAGACAAGGUUAUCAUCACAGAGGAGGAAACUGAAAGGUUUAAAGCCGAGGUGGCAAAAGCAUUGGAGUCAUUUGUGGAGAAGGAGGAUGAAUUCAUAAAACAGCAAGCUGACAACAUCCGGGCCCACGAGAGACAUCGUCAAGAGGUCCUUCAGUCUCUUUUAGAGCGUGAGGCAGAGCCGGAGUUGUUCAAUGGACCCAACAGCACAGACAUGUCUGCAGAGGAUGCUGUCAGCUCCCAAUUUACGGCUCAGGGACUGGAUCGGCCGACGGGGAGCGGUUUCGUUGACUCAAUGGUCGAAGUACCGUGGGCUGCGCCAGGACAAGGCCUGACUUUCAUAGGUUACCAGGAUUCAUCAAACAGUGGGAAUGUUCAUACAGGUGCCGUCCCUCCUUGGCUCCAGGACGAUCCUCUGGAGGGGACCUCCGCAGCUGCAGCACAUCCAGAGAUCGGCCCUUCACUCCAAGACUUCCUCAAACAGAAGGAGCAAGAGAAACUUAGGAAGCUUCCACCGAACAGAGUGGGGGCCAACUUUGACCACAGCUCACAUACAGACGCCAACUGGCUUCCCUCCUUUGGUCGAGUGUGGAACAGUGGCCGACGCUGGCAGUCCAGGCACCAGUUCAGACAAGAGGAGGGCCAGAAGAACAGACAGAAGAGGAAGAGGGAACAAGGAACAGAGGGGUCAAAGAAAGCAAAGACGACUGAACAGCCAACAAAUUCUGACAACUGUUGAAACUAGUAUGGUGUCUGAUAAUUCAUUAUGGGGCAUGUAUAUAGUUUGGAGGCUGUGAAUGAGGUUUUGUACUGUGUUUCUGAGCAGUUACACUUGGUUGAAAUGCUCAGGCUGACUCGACACCCAACUGUUAGCCAAAUGAUAGUGUGUGCAUAUUUGGAAUUGUAUAUAACCUUCUUUAUAACAUUGUUGAGAGUUUGCAGUAAAGAUAUGAACUUAGUAUAUUAAUCAGUGCCAAUUGGAUAUAUCCAUGUCAGAAGGUUUCCUUGGAUAAUUGCAUUGUUGUAUAAAAACUGCACGGACCAACUUCACAACGCCUUUUCCAAAUAUAACAAAAGCUGCACUCUGAAGCAUUUAAACCAAAUUGGCGCCAUCACUCAAUUGGAACUGGAAAUCAGCGAACCAGAGAGAAAAGCCUCACUGAAGUACUUUUCCUGCCCAGCACUUUGAGAUGGGAGGACAACACAACUGUUCUGAGGAGAAAACAGCAGGGGGCGCUAGCCACACAACUGUCAAAGACUGCUGCUGCGUAAUAAGAGAAGAGUUAGAUACAAUACGGUAAAAACCUCAAAUGUGUUGUCCAUUUUAAGGAUUUAUGUCCAUAUUUGUUCUUAUGUGGCGGAAAUGUCACGACUUAAGGGAUUGAAUUAUUUUCUGUCCCUCAAAUUCUGACAGGUAUUUUGUAAGCAACCCUAAACAAUCAACGUAAAGAGUGCGGUAGUCGUCCGUGUUUCGAAAACCUCCGACAAGAAAUAUCCUGUACACCAAAUGAUGAGCUUUCAUUUCCCCUUUCAGCACACGUUACUGUAAGUGAUGAACUACUGGAAAAGGCCUGAAGGCUGCCUGUGCAAGUGCUCGUCUCAGAUAUGAUGUGAUAAUUACAGUGGAAAUGUUUAAAAGAAGUGCAUUUUGUCUCAAUAGGAUCAGCAUUUUAGAUUCAGUGCUCCCUGAAAGAAGAAACUUCAGCCUCUUUUCUAAUCUUUUGUUAUAGAGAGACGGAAGUACAUUGGUGGAAGUGUCUUUGCGUAAAAAAUCAGGGGAAUUUUUAAUUUCCAGAAGCUAAAUUGAAUUAGAAAUGUUCUGGAACCAGGACACUGCAGGGGAGGACACAGCGAAGACUCCAGCACAAGUGUCCUUUGUUGUGUUGUCAUGACCCUCAUGAGGAAUUAUUUGGAUAAUACAGAAUUUUAUGUUGCUUAAAAUUAGAAGAAGUCACUUGACAGCUUGUUUUAUAAUACGUAUAAUGAUUUGGUCCUAGUCCCCUGCAAAAUAGUAUAUUGCACCAUAACAGAUGUAGAAGAAAAAUACAGGGAGGUGAUUUUUGCAGUGGCUAUUACAGUGUGAAAUAUGCAGCGGUUGCAUUGCCAGAGGAGAGCAUCAGUACAGAGAUGGAUGAAUGGCCAAGAGCAGUAAAUGCAAUAUCCUAUACUCCACUCAGUGAGCUUUCGGUUGGCCAUUCUUUUAUCUGCACAGGCCUCCUCUCCACAGCAAAGUAUAAUCAGGCCCCAGUGUGCUCUGGAUAGAUGGGCGUGGAGCUCAGUGCAGCUGCAAGGCAAUAUGGGGAUACAACGUGUAGCUGAUCUAUUCUUAGCUCUGUGACAACAUGGCUAUGGAUGAUUCAGUGCGAGCGGAAGAAAGUAGGGGGUUACCAUGUGUGUACAUUUGACUGUGAAUUGAACCGUUGCCCCACACCGUAAGCGAUUUUGCCACAUGCUGUCAGUGCUGUAUAACUGUAUAA